GCUCGCGGAGUGGCCCCUUCCGACGCCCGGCAGCGCGGCUUUCUCGUCAUGCGACCUUCGCGGCACCCCUCCGUCCUGCUUCCCUAGGACGCGGCUUGCCUAGGCUUCUAGUCGCCGGCGGCCCCAGCUCCUCUUUGCCCCGCGGUUUGGAGGCCAGCCUCCCACCGUCCCCGCACCAUGUCGGGCACUCGGAGCGACGAUGGCAAGAAGGAGGCGCAGGUGGAAGGUGGCGGCUUGUACCUGGAGGACGGACAGUGCGACUCGGGCAUCGGGUGCAGCCGCUCCCUGCACGGCCAGCUGGGCGAUGGAGAGCCCAGGUCACCGUCAGCCCCCGGGGCGCCCUUGGACAGAGGCCCCGAUCCCCCGUGCAUAGGCAAGGAGGGAACAGACGCCUCAUUGGAGACGGAGGAAAGGCUCGAUUCCAGCUACGGGUCCUCUUCUCUUGUCGAGUCCUUGCGGGGGCUGGAAAAGGCUCCCGAAAAGGAGGAGGAAGAAAGGCUGCGGCAGCAGCUGCUGGAGACUUUCCCUUUCGUAUCCGAAGACGGAGACACGCUACUGCACCUGGCAAUCAUCCAUUCUAUGCCCUCUGUAGCACUCUGCUGCAUUGCCCAGUUGCCCAUGGAAGUCUUGGAGAUCCAAAAUGACUUAUUCCAGACCCCACUACACCUGUCUGUGUACCUGGAGCAGGCUAGUGUGGUGCAAGAAUUAGUUUUGAAAGGGGUCAACAGAGCAUUACAAGACCGCAAUGGAAACACCCCACUGCACUUGGCCUGUGAGCAGCAGAGUCUGGAGUGUGCCCAACUGCUGCUGCUGUGGGAGCCAGUCUUUGGCAAGCCUCUGGAGUCUAGGAGAGCCCUACAAGAUCUGCAGCUCCAGAACUGGCAAGGCUUGACUUGUUUGCACAUCAGUACCUUAAAGGGCAAUCUGCAACUGAUGGCACUACUGGUGAAGAAUGGAGCUGACAUAAAUGUUCAGGAUGGUACAAGUGGAAAGACGCCACUUCACUUAGCAGUGGAGAACCAUGACGAGAUAGCUGUGAGGCACCUUCUGCAAAUGGGAGCCCAGGUGGAUGCUCGGAUGUACAACGGUUGCACCCCGCUUCACCUGGCUGUAGGCAGGAAGGAUGCCACCAUUGCUGCCAUCCUCUGUCACUCGGGAGCAGACACCUUGCUGCGGAACAUGGAGGAUGAGACAGCCCAGGACCUGGCUGAUGGCAAUGUUGAUAUACUUACUCUCCUACCUUUUGACGACCUGAAGAUCUCUGGGAAGCCUGUAGUGUGCUCCAGUUGAGCAUCCUAGGACUUGAAUUGGAUUAGCACUCUUUGGGAGAUGGUGGACCAGAACACUGAGGCUGCUACAGGCUGGCCAGGCCAGAGCUGGCUCCCAGAAAAUAAUUCUGCUUGUAGCUGAGUCUGAGGCUUUGUGCCUCCUUCAGACACUUUUUGAUAGUGCAUGGGACUGUGGGAGCUGCUGCUGGAGGAAAACUGCUCCUUAUACAUUGACAUUAAGCCUGGAAAAUCGAAUGGAAUUGCUCCCCCUUUGAAGGACAUGGAUUCAGAUAGAUGAGGCCUAUGUUUGCACCACCUGCUUUGGCUAAAAUAGGAGCAAGCAACCUUUGGACCAGAGGCCAAAGAUCUGGGGGGAGGGUGUUGUCCUGGACUGCACAGUGCAUGGAGAUGGCAAUAGGCUCGCCUUCCCCCAGAAUCCUACGAUAGGAGUGUUUGUGUCAAGUCAGUAAGGCUGGUAUUUGUUUUUAAGAUACAGAACAGUUUUUUGACCUAGCUGCUAUUGCUUAGGUCUCCUGCACUUCUUUCAGUGGCCGCUCUCGUCUGCAUUGUUAUUCUGGCUUGUGCUUCUGUGGAGUUGAGGGCUGCAUAACAGCCUUUUUUCACUUUAGCCCACCUGCUGCCUCCCAUGAAGGGGAUACCCGUUGCAAACAAAUCACUGGGAUAGGAAUUGGCCUACAGUUCUGCCCAGAACAUACAGAACUUGAGGAGAACCUGAAGGCUGAGCUCAUGGAAAGAGAGAUUUGCCAUCUACCACCUCUGCUUGUUAAUUGUUGUCCUUGAGGUCAGUCCCUGGGAGAUGCGCUGUUCUGUUCAGAUUUGCUAGUUUAUACUGUUCUGUUGGGAAGCAUCAGCAUCUUUAUUAAGUCGCUAACCUAUAAAUACCAUACUUCCCUUGGGCAAAGGAAUGCUGGCACACUAAAUUCCCAUUUGUAAUUGGAGCUGAGGUCAUGAAAUAAGGAAAUGCCAGGAUCUGUCCCUCUUCAUCAAGGAUUAUUGACUACCCUCCUGGGGUAUUGCUGUUCUUCAUUUUGAAAAGUUGCUUUUUAAUAGCUGUGUCACAAGAAGGCUUUUGCCUCUUUUGCAGCUUUUGCGAGAGAAGCUAUGUCUUUAGAACUGCUCCCUGCAUCCUAUUGCUUAGAAUUUCAAAAGAACUUUUUCUAGGACUUGGAUUGGUCAGCCCUCAGCCUGUGAGUAAUCAAGUCCUCUGGCUUCUCUCUGCCAUCUAAAUUGUAGGACUAAUGACCCAAAGCUACGCAUUCCAAAAAAUUUCAGCAGAGUGGUAUGGAAAUGGUGACCAGCAAGAUGAGGAGAAUGCAGGGUUCUGAGACCAGUAUUGAUUUCUCUGUUGAAGGUUGCUGUGCUCUCCUCUCCCCCCCCCCCCCCACACACAGACACAAGUUGCAGCUGAUGAACAAAGCAUUUUGGGUCCACAGACAAAGGAAUAGGAGUUGCUUACAUGCAGCCCUUUGCUGGAUUGGGGAAUUUCCCAGCUCUCUCCCUCCUACUAUUGCUGCCUGGGAGCGGCUGUUUGUAACAUGGCAAGUCCUGGGUGGCGCAAUCAGCCGGGAUGUUUCAGGGAGAGGUUUUCUCCUCUUCCUUGCCUUUUUUUUUUUAAAGGAUGGGUUUAGAAGCAGCAGCAACUUAAUAUGCAUCAUUCUGCACUUGAUUUUUCCCUAUGUAUCUUGUUUGACUUAAUUGAGACUUCUUCCUUCUUCUUCCCAUGUUUCAUUUUGUUUUCUCAUAACAAAAUAAAAGUUCUUCAGCUGGAUAAAACUGAU